GCCAAGGCUGUGGGUGCAGGAUUCAGAAUCCUAGCGGUUGGUCUUUGGAAGUUGGCUAGUUCGGUGAUUUGGUUUUCUUUCGACCCAAGUCUUUCGUUUCAUUAAGUCUUCCCUGUGCUUCUGGCCUCGGAGAAGUGGUGCUGAGGAAGAUUACUAGGAGGAGGAGAGCAUUUGAGCGUUAAUGUCAGGAGGCACGCAAAAGUGAGGUCUUCCUUGAUCUCCUCUUGCUCUGCUCUCUGUUGACAAGCUCAUGAAUUCGUUUGCACUUCAGACCAGCAUAGAUACUCCAGUGAUCCCAAGUCAACUACUGCGUCUCAAAUACCAGGCUUUGGCUCCCGGUCAGCAUUCCCAGCCACCCACCGCUGGAUAUUAAUUUGCGUUGAGCCUCUUUGGCUGGGCCGGGGCUUCGGACGGCUCCCGGGGAAAGACAAGAGCCAUGGACGAGGAGAUCGUGUCCGAGAAGCAGGCGGAGGAGAGCCACCGGCAGGACAGCGCCAACCUCCUCAUCUUCAUCCUGCUACUCACCCUCACCAUUCUGACGAUCUGGCUCUUCAAGCACCGCCGGGCCCGCUUCCUUCAUGAAACCGGCCUUGCUAUGAUUUACGGUGUUUUGGUGGGGCUGGUGCUUCGGUAUGGCAUUCAUGUUCCAAGUGACGUGAAUAAUGUCACCCUGAGCUGUGAAAUGCAAUCAAGUCCAACUACCUUGCUGGUCAAUGUCAGUGGAAAAUUUUACGAGUAUAUGCUGAAAGGAGAGAUUAGCUCACAUGAACUCAACAAUGUUCAAGAUAAUGAGAUGCUUAGGAAGGUUACUUUUGACCCGGAAGUCUUUUUCAACAUACUGCUUCCUCCUAUCAUAUUUUACGCAGGUUACAGUCUGAAAAGGAGACAUUUCUUCCGGAACCUUGGGUCUAUCUUAGCAUAUGCCUUUCUUGGAACAGCGAUUUCUUGUUUCGUUAUUGGGUCCAUAAUGUAUGGCUGUGUAACCCUGAUGAAAGUGACUGGACAGCUCGCGGGAGAUUUUUACUUUACAGAUUGCUUGUUGUUUGGUGCCAUUGUAUCAGCCACAGACCCAGUGACUGUCCUUGCCAUCUUCCAUGAGCUCCAAGUUGAUGUUGAACUCUAUGCUCUUCUCUUCGGUGAAAGUGUCCUCAAUGAUGCCGUUGCCAUAGUGCUGUCCUCGUCGAUAGUGGCAUACCAACCAGCUGGAGACAACAGCCACACCUUUGAUGUCACAGCCAUGUUCAAAUCUAUUGGAAUCUUCCUUGGGAUCUUCAGUGGAUCUUUUGCAAUGGGUGCUGCUACAGGAGUGGUGACAGCUUUAGUGACAAAGUUCACCAAGUUGCGGGAGUUCCAGUUGCUGGAGACGGGUCUUUUCUUCUUGAUGUCCUGGAGCACCUUCCUUUUGGCCGAAGCCUGGGGUUUCACAGGUGUGGUGGCAGUGUUGUUCUGUGGCAUUACACAGGCACAUUAUACAUACAACAAUUUGUCCACAGAGUCUCAGCAUAGAACAAAGCAGUUGUUUGAGCUUCUCAAUUUCUUAGCGGAGAAUUUCAUCUUUUCCUACAUGGGACUGACGCUGUUCACCUUCCAAAACCAUGUCUUCAAUCCAACAUUUGUAGUAGGAGCAUUUAUUGCUAUUUUCUUGGGAAGAGCUGCCAAUAUUUAUCCCUUGUCUCUCUUACUUAAUUUGGGCAGAAGAAGCAAGAUUGGAUCAAAUUUUCAGCACAUGAUGAUGUUUGCUGGCCUUCGUGGUGCAAUGGCCUUUGCCUUGGCCAUUCGCGAUACUGCCACUUAUGCACGCCAAAUGAUGUUCAGCACCACGCUUCUGAUUGUGUUUUUUACUGUGUGGGUGUUUGGUGGUGGCACCACUGCCAUGUUGUCAUGCUUGCAUAUAAGGUACUAUGCUAGACUCUGGGGAUACAGAGAUGAAUUGAGACAUGGCCUUUACCCUCAAGGAGCUCACAGUCUUUUUGGGGAGACGGACAGGGUUGGUGUUGAUUCAGACCAAGAACAUUUGGGUGUUCCUGAAAAUGAAAGGAGAACUACCAAAGCAGAGAGUGCCUGGCUCUUUCGGAUGUGGUACAACUUCGAUCAUAACUAUCUGAAGCCCCUGCUGACCCACAGUGGGCCUCCUCUCACUAGCACUCUCCCAGCCUGCUGUGGGCCCAUCGCCAGGUGCCUCACCAGCCCCCAAGCAUAUGAAAACCAAGAGCAAUUGAAAGAUGAUGACUCCGAUCUUAUUCUCAAUGAUGGUGAUAUCAGUUUGACAUAUGGGGAUUCUACUGUGAACACUGACUCCGCAACAGCCAGUGCCCCAAGGAGAUUUCUGGGUAACAAUUCUGAAGAUGCCUUGGAUCGGGAGCUUACAUUUGGGGACCACGAACUAGUCAUUCGUGGAACACGCCUGGUUCUUCCGAUGGAUGAUUCUGAACCUGCGUUAAAUUCAUUAGAUGAUACGAGACACAGUCCAGCCUAAACUUUCUAAUACUCACUUAGUGGUUUGUAAACUUUGCACAUGUGAUUGUGAAGAAAUGUGUACUACCUACAAGUCCUAGUGCAUGUCUCCGAAUGUGUAAACUAUAUAAAGGCUAUUUUAUUACCCUGUAGAAGGCAGAUUGCGAACAGUCUGUUCUCUUUAAGUUUUGCUGGCUGCACUACAUUGGCCGGAUCUGUUUGAGAAAGUUAUUUCCACAGUAAUGUUGUGUGUUCUGUUAGUUUUAUGUUUCAGUUAAAGUAUAAAAAGUGACAGAUUGACCCUUUCUUAUAUUUAUCUGACACUUAACUGGAGUACUAAGUUCUUGUUAUGUGAAUUAAUUUGUGUGUGGCAGGGAAGGGGGAGGGGAGGGAGAGGGAAAGGGGGAGCUCUUAUUCCCUCGGGAACCUAAGGAGGAGAGGUUCCUUUGUUAGAGAACUUUUGUUGAUUGCUGCUGCCUUUGUCAAGACUUCUUUCUUUCCCUUUUCUCUGGUGGCCCUUUGUGGUGCAAGGAGCUGAUGGCAUUUUGAUCUCACCCCAUUCAGGUUGGGGACUGAAGUGUGGGGGCUGUUUUUCCCCAAUUGAUGUAAAAGAAGAGAUUUCUUGACUACAGUACAUUGAUGCUCUGAGAAAGAAGGCCACAAAUGACCUCCAAGACCUAUUUCUUUUCUUUCACACCAAGACCAUAGGAAUCGCAUCCAGCCGGCUUAGCCAAAGCAUAGGCGUGUAUAGUUCAGGGCACUUGUUUCAGAUUUGGGGGCACUGGAGCAAGUGGGCAUGGGGCAUAAGAUGGUGUUGGAGGUCUGUCUUCCAAAAUCUGUAAAUACUCUAUACCAGAUAAGUCAAAAUAGAAAGUGUAAUUGCUGCUUCAAUGUUCUUGUGUGUAUAGUAAGCCUUGUCUCACAAGUUUUUUAUAUCAACUUAAAAACGCUGCUCUUUAGCAGCCAAUCAGGAGCAAAAUGGAAAAAUUUUUAAACUUACGAUGUUUAGUGGUCACUUGUUAGUCAAUAGUUUGUGUUAGAAGUUAAUUUAUGUUCUGUACUACACCAAAGGCAUCUGUAAGAGAAACACAAUACUCUGCAGUGUCUUUGAAAGGAUUCUCCCUUGUGUAAAGUGGGUGUAGUUGUCUUCAUUGUCAUGUGACUUUUUAAUAUUAGAUGCCUAAGCUGCCAUGUGUUAUUUUUUGAUUGUUUUCAAGGAAGAGCACAGAACAGCUUUUUAUUUCACAUUCAUAGUAUGAAAAUGGUUUCUAUUUUGUAAUGCUGCAAAUACCUAAAGGUACAUUGAACACUUGGAAGGGGAAUACUUCUUGAUGCUGAUUCUGACCUGUUUGUGAUUCAGGAGAAAAAAAAUACAAAUUUUGUGGACCCCCCCCCCCCAGGUCUGAGUAGCAUUGCCUUAAAUCUAAUCCAAUUAGAAAAUUAAUUACUUCUAUGACAUUCAAAUUUUCCACUGAAAAAUACCCUUCCAAACAAAACAUGCACUUACUCCCUAAAAGGGUUCUGUGCCAUUGUAAACACUCCUGGAGCUUUUAAAGGAAUUCUAAUGCUGUACCCUUCGUGGCAGCCUUGCGUCUUCCAUGUGUUAUGUAGUGGUAGUGACUUUCCUGCUAUGCAGGACUCCUCCUGUGACGUGGACAUUUUAUAUGAUGUGUGGCUCUUCAUGCAGUAAGUAAUUUCUUGUUAAUGUAUGUUUGGGGGGGGUUGAAUGUCAGCAUCAUUGACCCACACAGUUAUUCAAGUUGUAAAAGGGUAUACAGUAAUUUAACUACUAUCUUUUUAUUCUGUCAGGUUACUGAGCUCACAUUAUAAAAGUGGCUAUAAAUACUGAGCAUGAAAAAUUAUGUAACCUGUCUCUUUCCGCAUGCAUAAGACUUCUCUCAUUAAGGAAACUGAUAAUGCUUGAGUCCACUAAAUCUGCCUUUAGUACUUUAUCAAAGGGGAACCAAGCUUGUGCUUACGUCUUCAUCUGGAAGAUUUUUCCCUCUCUCGUCUGUGCACACAUCUCCGUGCAACAAGAAAAGCACCUCUGUUAAGAUAGCCAUUGGAAUUAAAGACCUGAACGAACUUUGAUGAAGUACAGUCUGAGGAACCAUCAUGCAUGAGUGAAUUGCUCUCUUGGACCUGUUUUUCUGUUGUUUGUGGAACCUACAUGUUUGAUUGACUUGAACAUUGCAUCUUUGAGAGUUCUUUUUUAAGAUCUCUUGGCAUUUAUCCUGGUCUGUGUUUGGCAAUGUGCUGUUAAAGUACUAGACUUCUAAUCUUUAUGUGCUUUUUGUUUUCCCUUGGAGUACUUGGAAAGAUGUUAUAGUGGUUUCUUUUAGGAAAAUCUGUCAUUAAAAAAAUUAUAGCCUUGCAAAUAA